ACGCACGCAUCCCGACGCGUCCUCUCCGUCCCAUGGCUGCUCCCCCUGCUGAGCCGCCGGCGCCGGCGCAGGCUGCUGCGGUGCGCGGUGCCUCGCUGCUCAUCCUCCUCCAGAUCCUCUCCCGCGCCGUCACCUUUCUCGCCAACCAGCUGCUCCUGCGCUUCCUCACCGCACAGCUGCUCGGCGUCGCCACCCAGCUCGAGGUCUACUACCUCUCGGUCCUCUUCUUUGCCCGCGAGAGCCUACGCGUCGCCCUCCAGCGCCAGACCACUGACGACUCCAACUCCACCAAAGAUGAUGUACCAAAGAGCACGGCUCGUGGCAGCCAGGCCGUCGUCAACAUUGCCCACAUCUCCCUCCUCCUCGGCCUGGUGACCUCUGUCGGCCUCGGCUGGGCCUACCUGUCUGCCGUCGACCAGGCCACCGCCUCGACGCCAUAUCUCGACACCUCCCUCUACAUCUACGGCUUCGCUGCCGUCAUUGAGCUGCUGUCAGAGCCCGCCUUUGUGGCACUCCAGCACCGUCUUCGUUUUGGGCCCCGCGCAGCCGCCGAGUCAAUAGCGACCUUUCUACGAUGUCUGUCGACGUUCGCGGCAGCCAAUUGGGCUUGGCCGGCCGGCCUUGAGCUUGGUGUCCUGCCGUUUGCCAUUGGACAACUCGCAUACGGAGUCGGUUUACUUGGCGUAUACACCUGGUACGGAACCCGUCUGGCGUCUGCAGAGGGCUUCUCAUUGUUGCCAAGAACGCCAGUCAAGUCUGGCGGGCUGCAAGAAAAGGCAGGCAAGGAGAAGGAAGAUCGCCAUGCUCCUCCUUCUCCGACGGACAAAUACGCACUAGGCUAUUUCUACAAGCCUACUCUGCAGCUGGCGUCCAGCCUGGUGGCGCAGUCCCUUGUCAAACACCUGCUCACGCAAGGCGACACCUUUCUCGUCUCCAUAUUCUCGUCCCCCCAAUCACAGGGCGUCUACGCGCUUGCCAACAAUUAUGGUUCUCUGCUGGCACGUCUUGUCUUCCAACCCAUCGAGGAGAGCAGCCGCAACUACUUCAGCAAGUUGUUGUCGACCAGUGAUGCAAAGGUCAAGCCAGAAAAGCAGUCCGUCGAGAAGGCCCGCAUCGACCUCCAGGCUCUGAUGAAAUUCUAUGCCCUGCUCAGCAUCAUCGUGACCACAAUUGGCCCCUUUGCUGCACCAAUUCUGGUGCAGAUCAUCGCGGGCAGUCGCUGGUCUUCGAGCGGGGCUGGAAAAGUGCUCGCCGUGUACUGCCUGUACAUACCACUGCUAGCCGUGAAUGGCAUCACGGAGGCCUUUGUCUCGUCUGUCGCCACCAAGAGCGAGGUGCACAGGCAAAGCAUCUGGAUGGGAGCAUUCAGCAUCGCCUUUGGUGUGGCGGGCUUCGUGUCACUCCGAGUGUUGCAACUCGGUGCAACAGGUCUCGUCUGCGCCAACGGCAUCAACAUGCUCUGUCGUGUGAUCUGGAGCACGGCCUUCAUCUCCAGAUACUUUCGAGCCAACGAUGUCACAUUUGAUUGGCAGGGCACAUUGCCGAAAGGCAUGGCUUUGCAUGUCGCUGGUGCUGCUGUACUGUGGUCCAUCCUCACCAAGGCUGGCAUUGUUUUGGGAGCACCUUCUUCCCACGUCUUCAAGGACCUGGUAGUUGUCGGCGCUGCCGCGGUGCCCUACGUUGCGACUUUAGCAUUCACAGAGCGUGAGUAUCUGCUUCAAGCCUAUCAAUCGUUGCGUGGUAGGCGAUAGAAGCCGAAAAGGAGGCAAUGUGGUGCACAUACAAGAGCAAAGAUGUACAUACCAGAUCUGACCGAUAUGGGUCUCGCGGCGCCGCUCAGAGCGGUCUUGGUGAAGCUCAAUUCAAGACUGGCAAUUCUUGUGUCCGCAACGACCAGCUGAGAUCAUCCUCAGCUCCUUUCAGCUGCACACUCCCGCACACACAUCUCAAUGUUGCGAGAAAGCCA